GUAAAACCCAGAGAGUUUGCUUUUGCAUCGCUCUAAAAGAAACUCUUCUGAACCAAAACAGCAAUGAGUCAGGCCGACCACUUUGGCUGCGGACCAAGAGUGGUGCCCAGUCUGGAACUUUUUCUUCCGGAGACUGGUUUCUCUUUUUAGGAGCCUGCAGGAGGAGCCAAGAUCUGGAGAAAGAAAGCAGAAAGGACUUUGUCCCCAUCCAUAGCCUGUGAGCCUGUGUGGCUGUUUGGAAGAAGCCUGGAAAACAUUAGAGAAAUCGACAGUUCUGGAAAGAAUGUGGACCAGCUUGAGAACAAGCACCGAACCCGCCUACCCAAGGGAUAGAAGCUGUGGGCCUCGAGUCCGAUUCUGGGUGCUGGCAGUGGGAAUAGCUGUCAUCUUGUUUCUUCUGGGAUUUUUAAUCGGUUGGCUGGCAAAUAAACAUGCCCAUCAGUUGCCGAGGACAGAUGCCCACAAGGAGAUGAUGGAGGCCUUCCUGAAGGAAAUGAAAGCAGAAAGCAUCAAGCAAUUUCUUUACAAUUUCACCCAGCAGCCUCACUUGGCCGGCACACAGGAGAAUUUGCAUCUAGCUGAACAGAUACAAGCAAACUGGAAGGCAUUUGGCCUAGAUUCGGUCCAACUGGCUCCUUAUGACGUUCUGCUUUCUUACCCCAAUGAGACGAGUCCUAAUUAUAUCUCCCUCGUUGAUGAGCAUGGCCAAGAGAAGAUGCAGCAGCUCUCUUGGGCAAGCGCUAACCGAGAAGUCGUCUGUGAAAUAACUGGACCUGGCAUGGAUGCCCCCCAAGAGGCAUCCUAA